CGGAUGCGCUCGGGUCCAGCCUGAGAGCGCGCACGCACCUCUCGUGGGGACUGAGGGAAAGAGAGAGAGAGACGUGUGAUUUCUCUUUGUAGUGAAUGAAGAGUUGAGGCCGGCUCCGUUACUGCUGCCGUCUCUUUUUAUAUAAGCAGAGUUUGCAUGCUGUAAAUAGCAAAUUAAGCCGGUUUACACUUUACGUUUCACCAUACCCGUCGGCACCUUUUGUUUUGUGGAAGCGACCGGCCACUGCCAAUGUCCCUUUGAGCGAUUUUGGACAACAAAAGCAUCAGGUCCAGCGUUGUUUUUUCUUCGGGGGAUUUCAAGUCACACGUUUAUCAGUCGGGGUUUCUCAGUGCGGAAAAGCGAACAGCCGCACGUCCACAUACCGCUUCACCUCCUCUCCGUCGCCCCUUUCACACUUCCACACCUCCGGGGGCGAUUUUUAGUUCUUCUGCUGCUCCCCAACUCGAGCGACCAUGGCUGCUGUAACAAGCCCGGAGACGAGCCCUCAACCCCGGGUGUAUUUUCAGACGCCGGCCGGCACCACGGAGGAACCGGAGACACCCGUUCGGAAGCAGGGACGCGUGACCGUCAAAUACGACCGUAAGGAGCUGAGGAAGAGACUGAACCUGGAGGAGUGGAUUAUCGACCAGCUAACGGACCUCUACGACUGUGAGGAGGAGGCCAUCCCAGAGCUGGAGAUAGAUGUGGAUGAGCUGCUGGAUAUGCCCAGUGACGUUGAGCGGGCAGCCAGGGUCAAGGACUUGCUGGUUGACUGUUAUAAACCUACUGAGGACUUUGUCUCAGAGCUGCUUGACAAGAUCCGAGGGAUGCAGAAGCUCUCCACGCCUCAGAAGAAAUGAUGGCGUCCCUCGUCCUCCCUUACAUCCCCCCCUCCACCUCAGCCCUCACUUCUCGUCUUCCUACCACACUUUCUAUCCUUUUAUUUUGAUGUCUGUUUUCUUCCAUUGAGGAUCUUCAUGAAAAACUGAACCUCGUUUCCACUCAUCGUUAGGCCCUCUGUCCUAAACUCCUUUCUUUUUAUCUCUUUCUCUUCUCUUUUCUCGUUGCCUGGAUCCAGUCCCAUAAGUCACUUUUUAUUUUUCAUUUUGUUUGCCCUUCCCUUGUUUAGUUUUUUUUUAAAAAAAUUCCUUCUUAAAAACUAUCAGCAAAGAAGCAAAAGGAAAGGAAAGAACGCAUAAUAACCAGAUUCAUCACUCUCAAUCCAGGCACUCUCCUUCCUUUUCAUUUUCACCCCUGCUUCUCCUUCACCCUUUGUUUGGCUUUACUCCUCUACCUCACCCACCUCUUCUUGCUCCCACUUUCCCUCAUACCACCCUCCAUCUGUCCGAGGAGAAGAGGAGCUGAGAUGAGUUGAGCCCCGUAAUUAAAGAGAUCGGAGCGGCCGAGAGUGGGAAGAGGACCAAGAGAAAGCGUCUGCAACAGCCAAGGAGAGAGUGGAAGGGUGAACAAUGAAGGAGGAAGAAGCAGCCAAUCAGCUUGAAGCAGGGCCUAAUCAGUGCUUUUGUCUCUACCAAUGAGAUUCCUUGUUUUGUUUAAACUUGAUCCAGCUACCAACCAUGAUUCUUUUUAUAUUUUCUAGUUUGUUUCUCAGUUUGAGGGCAUGGAGAUAUUCACUUGACUUUAGUUUUUUUUUAAUUUAAAACUUAUUUGGGGGUCCGUACAAUCUUUUCAGAUGCAUCCCCACCCCCCUUAAUCAGAGGCAUUUGCUACAGUGGUGCAUUUAAAGACUGACUUUUUUUGUGCGUGUGUAUCUGUUGAAAAAUCUGCGCUAUGUCAUUUUGGGAAGAAAAUCUGAACCUCUGACCACAAAGAAUACAUAUGGUCUAUCUUUAGUACGACAAAGAGGAAAAUUUCAUCCCUGGAAAUAGUGGUUGAAGCUUAAAAAAGUCACUGGUUGGUUGGGGUGGUCAAACGGUCCAACUGAUUUUAGAAUAAAAUUCCUCCCCUGAGGCCAGAGUAGACGGAUGCUCUCCUACGUCGGGUGUGCUUGAAUAGAAUUCAAAUUCAUGAAAAAAAAGAGAGAUGUUUUUCUAUCUUUAAAUGCGUGGUGCAGUCAUAAAAGAGGCUCUUUAGAAGCCACUGCUGUCCAGCCUGCACAUACUUAUGUACGUCUGUGUGUUGCUAAAUGCUACGUGUGUAUGUUGCUACAUAAUGUACAGCAACUUUCAUAAUAGGAGUGUUUUUCUGGCCUGUAUAUUCUGCUGUUCUGUACGACAAAUUAGAUUUUUAGUAUAGGACUGGUUCCUGUUUUGGGGUUUUAGAGUUAAAUUUUUUUUUCUGGAUGCAUUUUGUCCCACACACACUGACAGUCCGACUGGGGGGACCCAGAACAAAGCUGCCUUGUUUUUUUUAUCAUCCCCCCUCUCUCUCUGUCUGUUUCUCACAGUCUCUUCCUUUUAUCUUAGGAAUGAUUUAGUCCACCACAUUGUUUGUGUUUGGCAGCCAUCAGUUCGGAGCUGUCACAUGUACAUGGAAACUCUGAAAAUGUCCUUGCUCCACAUUGGUGUAGAAACUUUGUACUGUCCUCUGCCUGUCAGUAGACCCACCAAUGGGAUGUCUGAAUGGGAGGGAUGGAGGGAGGGAGGCCACUAUUUUAAACUGACGCUGUCUAAAUGCAUUCACUCUCCUUUUUUUUUUUCUAUCCUUUCUCUCAUACACACACAGGCCACCCUUGGGGCGGAGGGAACGGAAACACAGCUGCCUCUCACACAGAUGUGCACACACAUACACACACACACAUACACACCAAGCACUGGGAGAGAAAGGGAGAGAGAAAGGCCGGUCUGUAGCUGUCACAAGAUCUGCGUGUUUCCCCCACUGCAGCUGCCAAUCACCUCCAAGAAUAAGCCAUCUGUUUCUAAACCUGAGCCAAUCAGAUGAAAGACCUAAGCCCAUCGGCCAAUUGGAGACACAGUAACGUUUGCCGUGAUGGCCAAUUGUGAACACCUGCGGUGACAGCCGACCUCCACUGUCUGUUGCUUUCUCUCUCAACACACACACACACACACACACACACACACACACACACACACACACACACACACACACACACACACACACACACACACACACACACACACACACCGGCCCAUUUUCAUUUUGCUGCUCUGUCAUUUCUCCCUGGCAACCCCUCUCUCCCCCUCCUCCCACCCACUUUCAUCCUUCUGUCCACCAUCCAUCUAUCCUUUCUUGAGUUUCCUUUCCUUUUUUAAAGAAAACAGAUGUUGCCUUAGGUAUUAUUUAUGUUACACAAACCAAAUAAACGGGAGACAUUCAUUUUUAAAAAGGUAACGCAAACUGCUAAAAAGGUGUGUUACUGAGCAGAACUGCGGCAAAGGAGAAUCUCUGCUCUUCAGUCGCUCCUUUUCUUCUUUUAUUUUUGAAAAACAAAAUGAGAUUCUGUUGUUUUUUUAGAAGUGAGUGUUUAAUACUUAGGCCUUGAUACAGUGAUUUUGUUUAGAUAAAACAAUGUUCUUUACAUUUACCAUUUGAAUACUGGUCUGUUUUUAUUGUGAUCAUGACACUUCUUGAUGCCGGGCCUUGGAUUAACAUGUAGUUGAACAUAAGUCCAUUCAGAUACAUUUUGGUGCGAUUGCUUUUGCCUUCCUGGUGAGGUUUCCAAAUCAAGCUCGGUCUGCAUUUUUGCGAGACAUGAAUGGUGGGAUUGUACCAGGCAAGCUCAAUCAGUAGCUGAAUUUGAGUGGAUUUUCAUUUCUAAAUCCAGGUUUGGAUUAUACCUUCUUAGACUGUUAUUGAGAAGUCUUUUUUUAUUGUUGGGGAAAAAUUGCAAAAAAAUAUAUAUAUAGUGAUUAUUAUCAUUGAGGCUAAAUACAAGCGCUAAAACAUGCGGACUAGAGGACUGGAGGUGUUUUUUGGACAAUUAUUAGAUCAAACAAACAAACAAAUGUAGCAAUAUCAACAACAGGUCUUGUUUUUGCCCAAUUUUGUUACACUUUUAUGCAACUUUAAUAAAAACAUGUAAAAUGGA